AUGUCUUCCUCCCCAAGUGAAAAGAAAAGCUCCGACGUCGAGAUGGGUGAGGCCAACUCGGCACUUCCAACUCUGGCCAUGGACGAAGCUACUCCAACCUUCAUCGCCGGGUUUCUUUCUUUCAAAGAGAGACUGUCCAGACGCAGUGCCGGGAAGGAAGGGGGUCGGAUUCAGCCUGAGGUGCCAGCUAUCCUUUCUUCGCCUGCGAUGUCGACCUCGGCUAGAGGAAACAAGUCCCCUGGUGAUGCCACGCCCCUCGCAGAAUCGGCCAUGGUUCCUGUUCAAGUUCCAGAGGUCUCGGCUCAACCCUCGGGCUCUUCGACCACACCAGUCCCAGCUCCUAAGGAGGAGAAGGCGACGGAGUUGAUGCCUCCACCUUUGGAUAGGAAGGAGAUCGUCCUAGGGCUUCCCGCGUCCAGUGCUGCUCCUUUGACCAAAAGCCGCAAGAGGACUGGCGCUGCGACCGAGACCGUCAAGAAGAGGAGAUGUACCGUUGGCGUGGAAAGGGAGCCCUCGGGACCUUUGUCGCAACAUCGUACCAAGUUUGUAUCCAUGAUUGACGGGAUGCUCAGCGACUGCGGAUCAGAGAUAGAGCGUUCGACAAGGGGCCUGGCUGAAUCGCGAGAGGCGUUGAAACAAGCCGAGGCCGCAUUGAAAUCUACUGAAGCCGCUCGUGCUGCUGAGCUCUCUCAGCUGGAGGUUCGGGUCAGCGAUCUCGAGCGAGACCUCGGAAAGUCGGCGAAUGCAUUGUUCAAGCUGAAGAAAGAGAAGAAAAGCAAGGCUUCCGAAGUCCGUCGUCUCCAGCGUGAAAUUCAGAACCGAGAAGAGUCGAGGACUGUUGUUUCGAGGGAUGAUUUUUACGCUCGCCUGACGAGGAUGGCUGUUCUGUUUGAUUCCCUCAUGGCGGUCCAUGAGAAGGACCCGGCUCUGGCUAGCGUCGAGGGAAGCCUGAACAAGAUCCACCUGCUUAAAUGCGACAUGGUUCCGACUCUGGACUCCGAAGAAACCAGGCUGUUGUCUCGCAAGGAGGAAUUGAAGGCUUCUGACGGGGACUUCGACUCGAUCCUCUCUCAGCUGCAGUUCGAGUGCACCCUCACGCCGUGUUCGGGAGAGAUCGAGGGGCAUGGCCCCGUGGCUGAAGAAAGUGGAGAUGUUGCGAGUGGGAGAGGAAACGACGAAGCGGCCGAGGGAGGCAAGGGCUGUGAGCUUGAGGAUGAUGGUAGUGCUCCGAGGAGUGCUUAG